AUGCCUCGACGUCCGCAGACCUACAAUGACUACGGCGCAGCUGUCCAGCAGAUCAUCCUGACCUCGACCGACACAGACUUCCUCGAUCGACUCAUCCCUGUCCUCAAAGAUGCCUCACACUCGAAUCGAACCCCUUCGUUGAUGCAGAAUCUGGUCCGGUACUCCGAAGAGAGGGAAGCCGAAAUCGAGAGAAUAGGGUUGACAAAGCACGAAGAGUUUCUGGGUUCGGUGAACCAGCUACAGAGCGUACGCGAGGGCACUGUCGCGCUCACAGCAGAGAUCCUGAGGCUAAACCAGUCCAUUCAAGCAAGCACAGAGAAGCUUGCCGAUCAAAAGCAAGCCCUAGUAAACACAAGGGCGGUACGGCAGAAUAUAGCCGAUGCAUCGGACGCACUGAAAGAAUCCCUCAAGAUCCUGCAUGCCGUCAACCAUGCCCACGACCUGAUCCGCAAGAAGAAGUAUUACGCGGCACUCAAAUCUCUUGAGGACCUUCAGAAUGAGCAUCUGAUCCCGACGAUCCAGAACAAAUAUGCCACCCAACACAAGCUAGCGGAUGUAAUCCAAAAGUCAAUACCAGCGUCACAGAAAACCAUUUCCGAGGCUGUCAUGACAGACCUCAACACCUGGCUAUUUCGCAUCCGCGAAACCUCACAGUUCCUCGGCGAGGUUGCGUUCUAUCAUACCGAGCUUAGGAGGGCGAGACAGAGAGAACGUGUGGAACGCGAUAGCUUUUUGAAUAACUUCAGACUCAACUCAUCCACCGAGCUGGUUUUUGACGAGAGCGAGGAAUUCGAUGUACUUGACAACGAAGAGCUGCAGGUUGAUUUUACGCCACUCUUCGAAUGUCUACACAUUCACGACGCCCUGGGACAGAGCGAUAAGUUCCGUGCUGAGUAUGCCACGACUCGCCGACAGCAGAAAGACUUGCUGCUACCAAGUACUAUUGGACUCGUUGCAGAUGACGAGUCUUCACUAAGUAGUUUACUUGAAGGCAUCGCUGGUUUCGCCAUCAUUGAAAAGGCGACUAUGCGACGUGUUCCUCACCUACGAUCUGCUGUUGAUGUUGACGAGCUCUGGGACUCAAUGUGCCACACAGCCAUCACACUUACCUCACAGGCGCUAAACGAUGUAAGCAAUGCCGAGAUUCUUCUGAAGAUCAAGGGAGUCAUAGCUCUAUUCAUACAAACCAUGGAGGGCUGGGGAUACUCUGUAUCCAUGCUCGACAACUUCCUCCUUACCCUAUUUGAUAAAUAUGCCGAGCUUCUGAAGCGACGAUUCAGCGAAGAUUUUCAAGAGAUUGUCUCGACGGAUGACUACAUGCCCAUGGCCAUCAACACCCGCGAGGAGUACGAGAAGGUGGUGAAUGUCAGCUGGUUCUCUCAAGAAAAGUCUCUGGAAGAGCUCAGUUUCCCCUGCGUGUUGCCAUUCUCGCAAAUGUAUCCGCUCUGCUGUAUCGACAUUCGAAACUUCUUGAACCAGUUCUACUUCUUCUCCGAUGAUCACUUUCAGCAUCCUAACAUCAUCGACGAUACGCUCCGCAAGUCCCUGGAUGAGCUUUUGACAGAGAAGGUCUGUAAGUCUCUUGUCGAGAGACUGAGCUCCCAGUACCUUGGGCAGAUCGUGCAGAUUCUUAUCAAUCUUGAGCACUUCGAAGCUGCUUGCCAAGAACUUGAGCAGCUCCUCAUUAGAGCGAGAUCGUCUACGUCAGCUGGCGGCCCUGUCACACUCGUUGCCACAGAGGAGUUCCGAAACAACAAAAAGACGGCCGAGAAGCGCAUUUUCGAACUCGUCAACUCCAAGAUCGAUGACCUGGUGGAUACCGCCGAAUAUGACUGGAUGGCAACCGCAUCAUCUCCCGAUCCCAGCAGUUACAUGCAGACGAUGACCCGAUACCUGUCCAAUAUUAUGAAUUCCACGCUUCUUGGCCUGCCGCGAGAGAUCAAGGAACUCAUCUACUUUGACGCUCUCAGCCACGCCGCCAACAAGAUUCUUGCGUUACCAUUGUCUCCUGACGUCAAGCAUAUCAAUACCAAUGCUGUUGCUGCACUGGCAAACGACGUGCAAUACCUCACCGAGUUCGUCGAUAGUCUCGAGAAUGGAGCCAUGCUCCGAGAAAACCUGGACGAACUACAACAAACCAUCAACCUAAUGCAGUCCGACAACCAUGACGAGUUCUUUGACAUCUCCAUCCGCAAUAAAAAGUAUGGCCGCGUUGACGCCUUAAACGGCCCCAUUUUGUUGGAGAAGCUUACUUCCAAUGCCCAAGGUCCUACCCGCAGCGCUCCUCUCGCCAACUUUUCCUCCCGAUUCGGUAUGAUGAAGUAA